GCGGCCGAGUCGUCAGUCCCGCCCUCGGCUGUUUCGCGUUUUCGGUCAGUCUCCGUUCGGCGUUCGGACGGUGAGGUGUGCAUUGCGCGUGCGCGCACCGGUUACUGUGGCGUACUGCGAGGUUAUAAUGGACGCGCCCGGCGGAGCGCGGGAGCCCCGCUUCGGGUCGCCGUACGGUAUGGGACUCCUCGGGGAGAUGCCGGAUAUGUACGGCGCAGGCCGGCCACCGAGCUCCCUCGGUGGCGGAGCCCUACGGCCGGGCAUGCAGCAGUGUCCCAUGCCCCGCGCCGGCAUCAAGAGACCAUCAGACCAGUGCUACGACGAGAGACCGUCCCAGAGCGUGGGCCUCGAACACUGCCCCAUGCCGGACAUAGCAGACGAUGGAUAUGCUUCCCUUCAACCCAAGAAGUCUCCCCCGUCCAAUGGCAAAAAGACCAAGGGUCGCGUCAAGAUAAAGAUGGAGUACAUAGAUAACAAACUGCGGCGGUACACGACUUUCUCGAAGCGGAAGACUGGGAUAAUGAAGAAGGCGUACGAACUGUCGACCCUGACUGGGACACAAGUGAUGCUACUAGUCGCGUCCGAAACAGGGCAUGUGUACACCUUCGCGACAAGGAAACUGCAGCCGAUGAUCACUUCGGACGCGGGCAAGCGGCUUAUUCAGACUUGUCUGAACUCGCCCGACCCGCCCACCACCAGCGAGCAGCGAAUGGCGGCCACAGGCUUCGAAGAAACCGAGCUCACCUAUAACGUAGUUGACGAGGAUAUGAAGGUGAGGCAACUGGCGUACGCGAGCUCAGCUCAGUACCCCUUAGAACACCACCCGGGGCUCGCCCCCUCGCCGCUGCAGCAGUAUCAUCAGCACCCCCCAUGCCCCUCCCCGCUACCUCUAAGCUCGUUAGGGCAGCCCUACUCCCACGCACAUCUAUCCCAUCCCCACAUGUCGCACCACCCCCAACGGUAGUUCCGAUGUUACUAGAAUAAAUCUUACGGCAUCGAUUGCUCCUGUUAGGAGAUUUCGGCUGGAUUAUCGAGAUAGUCACGUUCUAGGUUAGUUUACCGCCUUCAUGGCGUUACGUUAGCAUAAUGAAGAAAUAAUAUACAAGCAAUAAACUAUUUUGUUAAUAUAUUUGUAAAUACAAUGUUAGAGUAAUUUUUGGUACUAACUUAUUGAGAUUUGAGGAUUUCGUUAGAAAUUCGGAAAUUUGAGAGGUUUCCUUAUUUUUAAAUGUUUUUUUGGAAACUUUUGAGGUCAGUAAGUGAUAAGCACGUUAUGCAGGGAUCAGAUUGCGUUUAUAAUUGACAGCUCCAUUCAGACGCCGGGUGCCAACGAGCCGUGGACGCGAGAAAUGAAUGAUCGAGUGUCAAAACCUUUCGCUUCUGUUGAAGAAAUUUUCUUUUUAUAUUAAACAGAUUCAUAACAUAAUCAUAAAUCGGUCCUAAAACAAAAAGUAAUGUUAACCGACUUAUCUAUUUGCUCUCACGUCCAGAACCCAAAAUCAAUUUAAACGUGAUCUUUUAAUUAAUCAUCCAAGUAAAAAUCCUAUCAAUGAAAUUAAUGAUAGUCUUACAGAUGUCGAAACCGAUUGAGAAGUAUUCGGUAGCAAAAUAAUCAGAUGUAAAAUUGUUUUAUAAUUAACGCUAGUAACCGGUUAUACUGUUUGUAGUGACGCCUCGGAAGCGGGAGCGGCCGCGCGGCGGCUCAUUCAUUAUGAUCAAUGAAUCGGCCUUUCAUACUAGCUUCUGUAAAAAAUGCUCUGCGCUAGGAGUGAACGUCUAAUAAUGUACAUUAUCCACAAAUUGUCGGAAGUCGAUCGUAUUACAUUCGUCUAAGCAACGUCUGUUUUUAGACGAUCCAAUUAAUAUCAGUUUAAUGAAACGUUCAGCCGUAUAUCUCGAGUUGAUUAUAUUGUAAUAUCAAGAAAUGUAAAGGUAUUGAAUAGAUUUUUAUCGUAGAAGCAGCGAGACAGUUUCCAAUUUAGACGGGAGCGAGCGCGCUGUCGCCGCGGGCUCUAAGUCCUGCCGCGUGAUCCGGAUUAUUAAGAAUCUUAAUUGAAAAUUACUUUCGGAGGCACGGAGAGCGAUUAUUAUAAAUUCCUCUGUCAAACUCCGCGCCCGUCGCCGCCGCCAGGAAAACCAAUCGGGUAACGCGGGAGCUUUCACAUGGUAAUUCAUAGAUGCCCUCGGCGACGUCACUCGUCACAUUUACAUUCAAAUCUGAACUGUACCGUCCAGAAAUUAGUUUGAACUGCCGACGGUUAAUCAAUGGCCCGUACUACUGCACCGAGCGCCAAAUACGGCGAGUUCGACGUGUCGAUUCAUUGAGCUGCUCAGAUUCGAUUCGAUUCAUCCAUUAAACGCUGAACACACCUUGCGUCGCUAAUCGGACACUAUUUAUUCAUCGAUUUGUACCCAGUAGCUGCUCUCGCUGCCGUCGCAUCGAUUGCACUGAACGAUUAAUUCUCACUUCUCAUUUGCAUAUCGUUUUAAUUUCGAACCCAUCCGGCGCCCACUGCGUCUUCGCCCCCGACCUCGAAUGCCUCUUGUCAGCGUUGAUAUGUUGAAAUCGAUUGCGUCGAUUCCCUCGUUUCGCAUUCGCAUCGAUAAAAAUCUCUCGUCUUCAGGUGGGGCGAUCCCGCCGUCCAAGUUUGACGCACAGAAAUAAUACGUCGGCGCCGAUAUCCAUCAUUAUUGUUCACGCACCAGCGAUAAGUCGAUCCGAUUGAAAUAUUCUCGCGGUAAUUACGAUUCCGGGCGAUAAGUGCGUCCCGUGAUCGCCUCGCUUAGAUCUCUAUCACUUAUUUGUGUACUCUCUAUUCAUUGUGCAUACUUUGAGGGAUCGGUCGUUUGAUGUAAGCAAUAUUCGUAAAUAACUCCACUUUCAAAAGCGGUGCUUUUCGUCUUUUUUCUAGGAAUGGUUUCACCUGUCAUUGUUGCUUGGUCGUUUACAUAAAUAUAAUUCUUUACGUAUUCGUCGCAUGCAACUCGGUUGUCUGGCGCGUCUGUUUUGUGAAUAUAAACUGUAAUGCUGCCCUGGCGUUUGGCGUAACACCACCUCGUAGGAUGCAUAUGCUCUUGUGCAUGAUUUAGCGGUAUAAAUGUGGAAGUCGGUCAAUGCCCUCGCGCACCCGUAUCCCUAAUCGAGCUCGCGUUUCGUAACAUCUCGCAGAACUCUUGAGAUUUCGCUUUCAGCGCACGCCUGUUUCUUCUGUGGAUUCCGCUGCGGAUUCUUUAGUUCUGUUUCAAGGCACGUCUGUCGGUCUCUGGGGAAUAUCUCGUUGCUUAAAAAAGAAUCGUCGCCACUACAGAAGUUGUCGACACGAGUCGUAAAUUCUUGAUCUUUUUUAGACGUCGACAAUCAAGCUUUGGCCCGCCUUUCCAAUAGCGACGGUGACUCACGCGCACCCAUAACGUAUUCCGCUCGCAUGAGCCGCGCGCGUCUAUUCUCGAGGCGCUCGGUAAUCGCUCGUUAGUCUCGCACCUCGGUUUAUUAACUUAUCAAUACUAUUGUUUUGAUAAACGCCCAAGACGCAAUUUCUGUUGACUCAUCGUAUUGUACAGGCUAAUAUGCCCACAUAAUUGUCUGCCUUUAAGCCGAUUGGUCGUCUUGUGCAAGCUGACGGGCUCCAACAAUAAAGCUAAUUUGACUAAUAGGUGCGUUGUAAUCGUCACCGCGUGUGGUUUAAGGAUUACAAGAUUAUCGGGCCGACGUUCUUUGCUAUGCCCGAGAUCAGUUCUUAAUGAACGUUGUUCUGAAGCUAUUGUUCUAUAAGCUGCGGUAUUGUUUCAUUUGUUGUGGCCCUCACGUCGCGAGUCGGGUCGCCCGUAAGGGAAUUAUGCGCCGUGUUUAUGUCCAACGUUUACUUUGGUCGCGGUGUCGUGUAAGGGAAUCCUCAAAUUGUUGCCGCCGUAGAGCGUUGCGGCUGGUGCGAUCAUUAAUUUAUUAUUCCGCGCGUGAACGCACCGCCGGUUCAAUUUUUUUGUAAAUUAUUUAAUGUUUGCGAAAUUCACAUUAAAUGAUCGGUUCUCCCCUGUAAUUAACAUCGUACCGACCGACCACCCAAAAGUAAGAUCGAUGGACCCACCGUUAAUCCGACAUAAGGGCAAUAUUCGCAGACCGCCUUCGCCGUGUCCACUCGCUGGACAAAUGAAGAGAUCCGUCCAGCGCUUAGCUGAGGAUGCACUCUCAAAUUGGAGAAAUUUUCGCAGGAGCAAUGACCGUCGUGAAUUCGGUUCGCAAAAUCAUUUUGAUAAUGGAUCUGUGCGCUAAUUUAGAAUCGAAAGAAAAAGGGUUGGGGUGGUUCGGCGUUCGAUGCGCGGAGUGUAAUCUUCUGAUUCGGAAAUUGGGCAAGUUAUUUCGAGCGCGGCCAUGCGCUUAUCCGCGUAUUAUUUUAGGAGUUCUCCGCGGGCACUCCGUGCACUAUUACGGCAGGCCUGCGCCCGCGCAGUUCUGUUGCAUAAUUCAGACACGAGCCCCGCCGUUUGCAUUCCGAUACUUGAUAUGUGCUUUCACAUGUAUUUAUGGACAAGAUUUUGUGUCUCCGUAAUGUUUGCCGAAUAAAUAAAUUGUGUUUAAGGCAUAAAUACAAUGGGCGAGCCGGCGGCUCCCCUCGUUACGUCGGCGAAUGUAAAGUCCGAGUUAGCUUCUUGGGUUGUCGGCUUGUCAACCGCUGAGAUAUUUCGCGGGACUUGAUGCGCUCGGUUAUUUCGUUGUUUAGGAGCUUCGUUACAUUGGCGGUUUAUGUCCACGCUUACAAAUUGGCGUACGGAGAUGCAUUGGCGUUGCCCAUCGCGAAACUGCGGCGAAUUAUGGCGGUGCAGUAACAUUGUUAUUCAUUCUCGCUCGAUGUUUACUUAAAUCAGCCCUAUUUCCUGUUGCGAGUGAAUUUCGCCCGCAUCUAACUACUGGUCAAUCAUCCUUAACUGUGCGAAUGUAUUUACGAAUGGGAAUUUGCUGAAUCCCGUCGUUAUUUGUUCCUAUCGCUGGUGGUAUCAAAGAGGAUUCAGCUCACAUCCCACUUACCGCAAUCCUAAUGAUUUGCAGCGGAGGUCUCCUUUUGUAUGCACUCCGCGUGACGGCUUUGUAUGCGAGGUGCGACUCCGUUAUCCUGUGCCCAUCGGCUGCGCAAACUUCCGCGAUCCUGAUUGCCCUGAUUGAAAUUUAUUCGCGGUCCUCAAGAACGCGCCCUGAUUACCAAAACAGUAAUUGGCUUAAGUUAAUUAAAGAAAGCCUGCUGCGUAAUAGCCGUCAUCUCUGAAACAAAAGAUGCUAUAAUGGGAUUGUGGCAUGGACAUCAUGCUGGGUUAAUGGGUGGUGGUAGUUGACAACUAUUUAUGGUAUAGACGACUGGAUACGUGCAAUCUUCCCUGUACAAAGAAUUUAAGCCAUCUGCUUGUUUUUGUUAAGACUGCUCAGGCUCAGCAUGUCAUCAA